GUUCAACUCAGAGUUGCUGUGUGGUGUUUUUGUACAGUUGAGCUCAUGGAUGGGUAAACCCUGUCAAACGUUUAACGUCUACAAACCAUCAUCAAAUCGUUCUGCUGCUGGUCUCCGUUAAUGCUAGCCAGGUAUGGCGCUGUGGAUUCAGGCACAGCAGCUGCAGGGAGACGCCCUGCAUCAGAUGCAGUCUCUCUAUGGGCAGCACUUCCCCAUCGAGGUGCGCCACUACCUGGCACAGUGGCUGGAAGCUCAGCCGUGGGAUGCCAUCGACCUGGAGAACCAGCAGGAUGAGUUUAAAGCAAAACGUCUGCUGGACGGUCUGAUCCAGGAGCUGCAGAGGAGGGCAGAGCAUCAGAUGGGUGAAGAUGGUUUCCUGCUAAAGAUCAAACUGGGUCAUUAUGCCACACAGCUCAAGAGCUCGUAUGACCCUUGCCCUCUGGAGCUUGUGCGGUGUGUCAAACACAUCCUGUACACUGAGCAAAGACUUGUACAGGAAGCGUCCAAUGCCAGCAGUCCGGGGUCAGGUCCAGUAGAUGGGACCCCUCAGAGAUAUCAGCAGAUCAACCAGACAUUUGAGGAGCUACGUGCCAUGACACAGGACACAGAGAAUGACCUCCGCAAGCUGCAACACAGUCAAGAAUACUUCAUCAUUCAGUACCAGGAGAGCUUGAGGAUACAGGCUCAGUUGAGUAGUUUGGCCAGCCUUCCUCCAGCUGAGCGUGUUCAGAGAGAAACUAGUCUGCAGAGCAGAAAGUCCACGCUAGAGACCUGGCUCACACGAGAGGCCAACACCUUACAAAAGUACAGACAGGAACUGGCAGAGAAGCAUCAGAGGACUCUAGCUCUGUUAAGGAAACAGCAAACCGUUAUUGUGGAUGAUGAACUGAUUCAAUGGAAGAGACGACAGCAGCUCGCAGGCAAUGGAGGACCAUCAGAAGGAGGACUGGACAUACUGCAAGCCUGGUGUGAGAAGUUGGCCGAUAUGAUCUGGCAAAACAGACAGCAGAUUCGCAGAGUUGAACACCUGACACAGCAGCUGCCCAUUCCAGGACCCACAGAAGAACUGCUCACUGAACUCAACGCUACCGUCACAGACAUCAUAUCAGCACUUGUCACCAGCACAUUCAUAAUUGAGAAACAGCCUCCUCAAGUUCUGAAGACUCAAACCAAAUUUUCGGCGACGGUUCGCUUGCUGGUCGGAGGGAAACUUAAUGUCCACAUGAAUCCUCCACAGGUUAAGGCCACCAUCAUCAGUGAACAACAGGCCAAGGCCUUACUAAAGAACGAGAACACCCGCAAAAGUGACAGUAGUGGAGAGAUUCUGAACAACAACUGUGUAAUGGAGUACCACCAAACCACUGGCACCCUGAGUGCACACUUCAGGACUAUGUCUCUGAAGCGUAUUAAGCGGUCAGACCGCCGUGGGGCAGAGUCAGUGACUGAAGAGAAGUUUACAGUUCUGUUUGAGUCUCAGUUCAGUGUGGGAGGCAAUGAACUCGUGUUUCAUGUGAAGACAUUAUCCCUGCCUGUUGUGGUCAUCGUUCAUGGGAGUCAAGACAAUAAUGCUACAGCGACAGUACUGUGGGAUAAUGCUUUCUCUGAGCCAGGUCGAGUGCCAUUCGUGGUGCCUGACAAGGUGCUAUGGCCACAGCUGUGCGAGGCAUUGAACAUGAAAUAUAAAUCGGAGGUUCAGAGUGACAGAGGCCUGUCAGAAGACAAUCUGGUGUUCCUUGCUCAGAAAGCCUUCAGCAGCUCCAGCAACAACCCUGAGGACUAUUGCAACAUGACCAUCACCUGGUCUCAGUUCAAUAGGGAAAGCUUGCCAGGCAGGAAUUUCACAUUCUGGCAGUGGUUUGAUGGGGUCAUUGAGCUCAUGAAAAAACACCUGAAGUCUCACUGGAAUGAUGGAGCGAUUCUGGGUUUCCUGAACAAGCAGCAAGCUCAGGACAUGUUGAUGUCCAAACCAAAUGGCACGUUCCUUUUGCGCUUCAGUGACUCUGAGAUCGGAGGUAUCACCAUUGCAUGGGUUGCGGAAAACCCAAACAAAGCAGGAGAACGGAUGGUGUGGAACCUGAUGCCCUUCACUACUAAAGAUUUCUCCAUCCGCUCUCUGGCUGAUCGGAUCAGUGAUCUGAACCAUCUGCUCUUCCUCUAUCCCAACCAGCCGAAAGAAGAAGUCUUCUCCCGUUAUUGCACACCUCCAAACUCAAAAGCAGUAGGGGAUGGAUAUGUCAAACCAGAGAUCAAGCAGGUGGUGAAGGUUGAGUUUUCUUCACCCAAUCCUGAACCUUCUCCUGGGAAUUCCUUCAUGGAGCAUGCAGCAUCACCCACUGUCAAUCAACACCAUAGCUUCGCAAUCUAUCCAUCAAUGAAUGACACCAUGUUGGACACGGAAGGUGAAUUUGAUCUGGAUGAGACCAUGGACAUGGCCCGACAGGUGGAGGAAUUCCUGCGUCAGCCCAUGGAAACCCAGUGGAGCGGACAACAGUCAUGACCUUUUGUGAUCUCUUAUGCGAACUUCACAAAAAAUCGAUGGUUCCAUUCCAUAUUUUUAUCUUAACAAAUGUGAAAUGUUAUGUUUGUCAAAGCUGAUCAGUGGAUGUGUAACUGCCUUUGCAUUUUAUAUAUAGUUUAAUGUGUAAUUUCCCUUCAUUAACCACCGAAGAACAAAAUAGACUGUCAUGUGCAGUGAUACACUUCUAUUUGGCUAGAUAUAAGUGGCUACUUUACUAGCCCAAUGUGGGUUUGCCACUUUCAUUGCCCUUUACCUUAAUUGUUAUAGUCCUGUUAUAAAGAUCCACUUGAUCAAAUCUUUAAGUCCAGUCACACAGUUGGAUAAUUGAAGACAUUGAGCUUUCAGUAUUCAGGCUUCUCAGUUUGUCCAUCUCCUAUAAAAAUGCUUUACAGCAGCAUUCAGGGUUGCCAAGUCUGCGAAACAAAACCAGUCCAAUUGCUAUUCAAAACUAGCCCAAUCACAUUUUUUCCAGAGUUUUCCCCUCAGUUGGAGGUCUGCUCGACUAAAACUCUUACUUGAAAUAGCUUUACUUGGCUGCAUUGUGUAAUUUCUGCACCUAGUGGCACUACACAGAAUUGCCAAGAAUGCUAACUGUAUUCAACCGGUUUUCCAAUUCCAUGUCUUUCGUUGUCUGCCGAAUAGGCAGUUCUGGCUGUCAUGGUUGACAUUAGUGUGGUGUUAUUUCUCCCCAACUUUAGUUAAAGCAUCCCCUAACAUCAAAAAUUUAUGAAAUUUGGCACGUCACUCAGAAUAUCCAUACGUUCAUUCACACCAUUCACACUUUACACUAUUAGCUAAUGAAAUCUGAUCUGGUGAAUUUUUUUUUUUUUUUUUUUUUUUUUAAGAUUUGGGAUUGGGAAUCUUAAAUCUUAUUGGGAAGCACUUCCUCUAUUAAACGGUUGCUGAGUUAUGUUUUUUUUAGUUGUGUUGCCCCCUAUGGGUGGAAUUUGACACAAUUUGACUUGAAUUCUCAGGACUGUUUAAGUGUACCAAGUUUAGUUCAAUAUUAUAUCUUCAGAACAAAUGGAAGAAUCAAAAUUCUUUUGAUAACCUUUAUUUUAAGUGUAUGUUUAAAUUAGCCUGGUUAAGGUUGAAGAGUGUACAUUUUCAGAGUUCAAAUACUCUAUCCUACCCUUUCUUGAUGUUUAGGGACACAGUCAGCUAUUUAGUAGGUAAUUCCCCCAAAGUGUGAACACUGUGAGUCUGUAGAGCUUUGUAAAUAUCACUGUGCCACCAACCCCAUUUAGCAACAUUACUCAGGCAAUGGCUUGAGUUUGGUUAAACGGGAUCUUCUCUGAUAAACAGGCAAUCACAGUAUGGUGGUUGGGUUGUUGAAAACAUUUACUCUUGGUGUCUGAUCUGUCUAGCAUCUUUAUUUAUGAUUAUCUGACUCCCUCCCGCCCCAGAUACCUCAUUUUCCCUGAGCCAUUCUUCCUGUGCCUUAAACAGCUGAAGUUUGUCCAGUAGUUACACCAAAGUCUAUUGUUAGCCUGCAA